UUGAAGACUUACCAUUGUCCAGCGUGCCCCACAAUCAUUUAUGGUCAAGAACAUUUUAACGAACACUGCUGUGCAGCACAUGGUGCACAGUUUACUGUUCAGAGUGCAAAUUUCGCUACAGAAGACGAAUUUUACCUUUGGAAGCGAAAGUUAGAACUUGAACACCAUAGUUCAUGGAAAGUUGGAGAGCGCCACAAUUUCGGCACAAUCCUGACCAUACACUUCAUUUGCGACAGGCAACCUUUUACAACGAAGUCGCAGCACGUUUCUGUGUUUUUCAUUUCGGCCAUCCUCGACAACAUGAGCAACAUGAUGUCUCGACUAAUCCGAGUCUACAUCAAAGAAGAGCCGGGAACUCCUGUGCUCGAGUCAGCCUCUCCACAGACGAUUUUCCGGAAGGAAACCAAUGACACCUUAUCUUCCGGCAUUGAGGUUGUUCUCAUGUCAAACCCAUCUCGGACACAGGAUGACUGGACAAAGAUUUUGGAUGCAGCUUUGGCAGAUCCGUCACUUCCUACCAGUUUAUUCACACCACAGACAUUGUUAAGAAUGCUCAAAUGUGAAGGCAAAGGAGUUAGAGGUUUACUGGACAAGCUUGGUGCAGAGAUCAGUUACUACCGGUUUGGUUUCAUCCGUCAAAAUAGUUGUAAAAUGGUUGAGGCAGUUAUACUUGAUGAUCUCUUGGUACAUAUUUCGGGGACCGAAGCUGACAGAGUUCUGACAGCUGCAAUAUCUUACUGUCAGCAGCGUGUCAGUGAAUCUGUUUUCCGAGAGGGACUAAGGGCUAUGUUCCCACAGCGUCUGUCCAGUGCACAGAAAUUUAUGAAGUGA